CUUAGCACCGGCUGCAAACGGCUACAUAUUUUCCCGCCACUAACAAUGGUGCCAUGUUUUGUCUUUUAUCAGCAUUAAUGGUGCAUUUAUUCUGUUUUUAUCUUGAAAUAUUCCCUCAAAGAAACAACUAAAAGAGUUGGAAAGCGAGAGCAAAGUACAGCGAAAGAAAAAUAAAUGCGUGAUCGCGUGACAGUUUUAGUCACUCAACACAACGCGCGUGAAGACUGGGCUCGGGAUACACAACAAAUUUUGCAAAAUGACGGAGUCGAAAACACCGGAACCUUGUGGAUCUCUCCGAAGUUUAUGCAUAAAAAUUGUGCUCCAUUAUCCGAAAUUGACUGAAAAAGGAUUCAGAUUGCUUCCCUUUGAGGUCAUUCAAGCUAUUCUUCUUGCUUCUGUUCACAAUCGAAGUAUAUGUCUGAUACAGCAGGUCUUGAAAUUUUGGCCUUCGCCUGUAGCUGUUUUAAGCGGAGUUCCAAGGGCCCCAUGCAACGAGGAAUUUGUAGCAAGGGCAGUUGUUGAGUACAUUUCUAAAAGGGGUGAAGCUGAUAAAGUCCAAGUUAUUGACAUAAGGCAAAGAAACAUUGGAUUCCUUGGUAGUACCGCUCUCUGCACGGCAGUCAUUGCAGCAAAUAGAGACAGCAAAGUGACAGAAGUUGCCAGUGGAACCUCCUUUAAUGUGGCUACCCAUGUCAUGUCAGUUCUUACCGUAUAUGCAGACAUUUGUGUUAAUUACAGUAAUCCCGACACGGUAUUGAGAGCAUUAGAAACAAAGACUGGUUUUGUUCAACUCUGUAUCUUUUCCUUUAGUGCAGUAGAACUUGGAGAUAACAGACUUUCCGGUCUCUUAGGAGUUCUAAAUCCAGACCACUUGGUAGUGCUGGAUUUGUCUUAUAAUGGGUUGGCUUAUUAUGACAACGUCAGCAUCGAUUUGUCAACGAUUUUCCAAGAGAUGACAAAGUUUACAAAGUUGCGCGCACUUUCCCUGUCUUACAAUUCCUUGGCGGAAAGCCAUAUGAUGAAUCUUUGUAAGGUUUUAGAGAAACUUCCAUGCCUCGUAUCUUUGGAUCUCAAUGGUAAUUUUGUGGGUGGUAGCAUUGGGUGUCUUUUGAACAGCAUUAAUCAGCCACUGAAGUGCUUACGGUUAAGAAACGGCAGAGUAUGCGAUAGCGGAAUUAGGAACAUUGCAGGUUCAAAACAUUCAUCUCAACUCACCGAGUUGGAUGUUUCUUUUAACUGUCUCUCGUCGGAAUGCCUACCAGAUCUGCUCUGUAUUUUGGAGGCGUCCAAGAAUACCUUACAAAGCUUAAACGUUUCAGGAAACGAGGUUGAAACAGUGCCAGAUCUAAGCAAACAAUUUGUUGAUCUACUCUCAGUGUAGACUAUCUGUCAAUAAAUGGAUUUUAGAUUGUUCACUAAUUUACAAUUAUUCACCGAACUGGAGGUGAAUAGUAGUGGAUAUUUACGAAACGGCGAAGUCAACAAAUAUAUUUAUCAUACACAAGAACCAAAAAUUAGCUCAUUUCUGUCAAUAUUCUGAGAAACGUUCGGAACUUUAACUGUUGACAUGCGGUUUUGCCUCAAAGCUACUCAGAGUUGAAAGUAAGUUGCUGAUCACAUCUGAGCUAGCCAAUCAGCGCGCACGAAAAGCACUAUUCGCCUGUAUGGUGUACUCUAGAUCCAUAUACACGACGUAGAAUCACUCCUAAUUACCUUGUUAAGCAACCAUUGAACACAGCUAAUGUUGUGACGUUUCGUUUCGCACAAUUUUUUUUUACCCUGAAGGCACCUGCGAGGGUUUGGAGUAGCCCUAAAAAGCAUUUGUCUCAUGCAAGCGUGGGAGUCACCCUCGUAUUCCACGCUUGCGACAUGUUAUUACCUUCUUUCCAAGCUAAAAAUUUACCACCCUUCUUCAUCCAAGACAUUAUGUUAUACGAAUAAUAUUGAAAGGAAAAAUGUUAUGUCUCGAUACUCGUACGUUUCACUUUUUGUUUCAGUUUACUGAUUGGUUUUUACUAACUGCAGCUCUUCGUUAAAAGUUACUAAAAAGAAAAAUUUGUCGCCCUGUGUGCGUGCUCUCUUACUAUAUUAUGCAAUUUAAUUGAUAACGUUUGUUUCUUUGUUUCACUAAUACUGUUAUUUGAAGUUCCUAAUGCUAGUUCAAAGUAGAGGUCCGUGACCAUUCGUGUUGGAGCGGGGCCAUCAAGUACAUUUGAUGGCUAAAAUUUACCGUAGACGUACGGUUCGUAAUUGGCUUUUUUCUCUUCGCGUUAACGGUUAGGUUGAUACAAACAAUCUAAGUGAAACGAGAGGCAAGCGAGCGGCAUGCAAAAGGGUCUAGCAUUGAUAAUAAUUUUUAUUAAAAACUGAAUCAUUUGAUGAUGU